AUGAAUCAAUCUAACGUUGGUCUUCUUGAUUUACCUAAUGAAAUAUUGCUUAUGAUUUUAAAAAAACUCGGCAAUAUGAAUGUUCUUUAUUCAUUGUUGGAUGUUCAUAAUCAACAACUUGAUAUAAUAGCACAAGAAAAUACUUUCACUAAUACUCUCAAUUUCGUAUUAAUAACAUUAACUGAUGAUAUUUCUUCGCUUACUGAUUCAAUAGUUGAUCGAUUUUGCAAAAAUAUAUUACCAAGAAUUCAUCAAAAUGUUAAAUCUCUUAUACUUGAUUCACUAUCUAUGGAACGUAUUCUUCAUGCUGUCAAAUAUCCUAAUUUAACUGAACUUAAACUCUUUAAUUUUAACGAUAAAAUUCUUUCACGUUAUUUUACAGUUGAAACACCAUUUCGAUGUAUUUUUCAACAACAAAUAACAGAUCUUAUUCUUGUAUUUGAGAACGAUUUUAAUAAAAUAUUAGAAAAAAAUUAUACAACAGAUGUAUAUGAAUAUAUUUUAAAAUUCUUCAAAAAUCUAAAACAUUUAUCUAUUAUUGAAUCAUUUUCCGGUUUUUGUCCACCUUUGCUACUUCAUAAUUUACCUUCAACUACCUUCUUCUCUUCAACUCUUAACAAAUUAUGUAUUCAUGUGAUGACUUAUGAUGAUUGUCUUGCUUUACUUGAUGGUCGUCUCAAACAAUUAACGACUUUAAUUGUUGUUAUUGAUAAAAUGGAAUAUUAUUCGUCGAAUGUUAACGAUAUAAAUAAUUUACCUAAUUUGAAAUGUUUUUCUUUAACAACAUCUUAUUGCUCAACUGAUAUAUAUGAUACUCAAAUUCUAUCUCUUUUUCGUCGUAUGUUAAAUCUUGAAGAAUUAACAUUGUAUAUUACUAUUAAAAAUCGAACUACAUUGAUCGAUGGUAUUCACAUUUCUAAUGAAAUUCUUGUUCAUAUGCCACGACUUCAUAUAUUUAACUUUUGUAUUUCUACUAACAUUAAUAUGAAUCAUUUAGGACAUUAUUUAUCUAAAGAUGAUAUUCAACGAACUUUUACUAAUACAAUAUAUCGACAAGUGGAUUGUAUUAUUAAUAACGGAUAUGGUAUUACCACAUAUUGUGUCUUUUCAUUACCGUUCAUGUUUAAUUGUCUUGAAUCUAUUGGUAAUACAUUUCCAAAUAUUAUUUUCAGUAAUGUUAUACGGUUGACAGUGAACGAUAUAGUUCCAUUCAAACAUGAAUUUUUUCAUCGAAUUGCUUGGUCUUUUCCUUUAUUGAAACAUUUAUGGAUUAUUAAUCGUGAACCACAGGGAUCAAAAUCAGAUAAAUUGAAAUUUAAUUAUCAUCAAUUCUAUCCAAUUGUUAAAUUUCCUUAUCUUAUUUCACUUCGACUUGAUACUGCUUAUAUUCAUUAUACCGAUCAAUUUCUCAAUGAGACAAAAACACAUCUACCUUGUCUAACCAAAUUAACAGUCUGUUAUAAUGAUUUAUACAUGGUGACAACAAACUUUAGAAGAGGUACAACACGGCUUAAUUGCAGGAAAAUAAAACAAUUAAUUAUCAAUACAGUAACGCCAAGAAUAAAACGUUCAAAAAGUUUCAAUGAUUAUUUUCCUGUGUUAGAAUCCUUCGUUUGCCCUUUUCUAUAUGCAUAUUAG